AUGUCGCCUUUGGUGUCCCCUCGCUUUUUUUCCGAAAAGGAGGUAUCCAAACAUUGCACCAAGGAUUCGUGCUGGGUGUUGUUAGGGACGCGCGUCUACGAUGUGACGGGGUUCCUCCGGAUGCACCCGGGCGGAGAGGCGCUCAUCCUCCGCCGCUCUGGCAAGGACGUCAGCCGGGAGAUCGAAGGACCGCCACACCGGCACUCGGAGAACGCCCGGAGGUGGAUGGAGCAGUACUACAUUGGUGAACUCGACAAAAACAGCAUAGAUGAAGAUACGGAGACUCUGAGACGGAGGAAAAGGAUCCCUGAAAGCACCACAGAAGAAGAAGAAGAAGAAGAAGAAAUUUCGGCCGUCAAUAAGUGCAGCAAAGUCGAUGAAGAGACGGAUCUGGUAGACUGGAGGAAGCCCCUGGCCUGGCAGGUGGGAUACCUCGGAGAGAAAUAUGACACGUGGGUCCAUCAGCCUGUGGACAGACCGAUCAGGCUGUUCGAGAACGACUUUUUCGAGGCCAACACAAAGACUUACUGGUACAUGGUGCCAAUUGUAUGGAUGCCUUUGGUGAUCUAUCUGAGCUGGUACUGCUAUUCGUUUCUGGCACAAGAGAGGACAAGACUGUUUAUUACAUCAGACUACUCUAUUCUGGUCCACAAGUACAGUUUUCCGUUAAUUUUCAUGCUUGGCAUGUUCCUGUGGUCGUUCAUGGAGUACUGCAUCCAUCGCUUCGUCUUCCACAUGCGUCCACCCGCCCACAAUUAUUACCUUAUCACACUGCACUUCCUGUUGCAUGGUCAGCACCACAAGUCUCCGUUUGACGGCUCUCGUCUGGUGUUUCCCCCGAGUCUGGCCGCCAUCGUCAUUGGUGCUUUUUACCUGACACUCAUGCAGCUGUUCUCUGAGGGUCUGGGGUUGUCCCUGUUCGUCGGGGGUCUGUGUGGAUACGUGGUCUACGACAUGAUCCACUACUACCUGCACUACGGCUCGCCACGGAAGGGCUCCUACUUGUACGGGCUGAAAGCGUACCACGUCAAACACCACUUUGAACACCAAAGGGCAGGUUUUGGGAUCACCACCAGAUUCUGGGACCACCCCUUUAAAACAGUCAUCCCUGAGCAGACGUUUUAGAAGACCUUUUUUUUUUAUGCCACAAUGACCAAAUCAAAAUCCCCCAUAAGGCUCUCUCUUUUGCAUUCUCCCUUUAGCACUGGGUUAGGUUCAGUGUCAGGACCAGCUAUUAUUGCCUUAGGUUCACCAUCAUCAUCAUCGUCGUCACCCUCAGUUUUUAGACAAGGGGGUGGGGGUGGGGUAGGGGGGCUGGGGGAUCCUGAAAAAAAAACAGAAUGACAGAUUGUCAAGCUUUAUAACUAUUUAUAUACUAUGUAUGAAUGUACUGACGAAUCAAACGUUGGAUGAAAUCUGUCUUUUAUUAGAAGCACAGCAAUAUCAAACUCAGUUUUCAUGUAAAAUAAAGAGAUGUUUAGACUGGGGGACGAUGUGUGAAGGUGCGAGUGGAAAUGAAUUCUUAGUCGUAGUGUUAAAAAGCUGAAGGCUAGCAGAAGUAGGUCCUUUCGGUGGCCACGUGUGCUAUUGAAAACUCAGGAAAGUCUUUAACUGUUCUCAGUGUUGAUGCUGCAGCCGCUUACGGAUCAUCGCUUUGCCCGAGCCCGAGCUGUCUUUCCGAACUGUGCUCCGCUUGUUUCAUUCUGCUCUGGUGGUUUUUCUUUCCUUUCUCAUCUCGCCCACUUUCGAGGUGUUUUUUGCCAAUCGACUUAUUAAUAUCCUGAUCCGGAGGACGUCAAAAGUAGCUGCUCCUCGAGUAAUAUGUUACAUAUCCAGUGAGAUAUUAAGUUAUUGAGGACUGAAGCUUGGUUUUGGUUCUCCUGACUAACACAUGGAGACAUUAAGCACUUUGAGCUCAAGGUGAGGGCGUGAAGCGGGGUGCACGGGCCUCUCCUGCCGGUGAGGGUUGCCAGCUGUCGAUAUCUGUCAUAGGGUGAUGGGUCUGUAGAAAUCCUCUGUCGUCAUCAAUGUCGAUCUAUCCGGCGCAAGCCUUCCAUCCGGUGUGACGAACUGUUGCAUCUGACCAGGCGUCAGGAGAGCGACAACAUCCUCGGCUGAUCUCUUAACCAUUCUUACGGCAGAUUUGUUCACUCGUCCGACACUUUUGUGCUGUUUCCUGCUCGUUUUAACUCCUGCCUUUGUUUUGACUCUGGUUCAAUGAUGUUGGAAUUCUGGGAAAUAUCCUAGAAAAGCUGUGACCACAUGUAACUGUUUCAUACAGUCAUUAUGAGCAUAAUUAAUGCUUAAGACGAAAUAUACAUAAUAAU